UUCUAGAAAAGUGGUUCAUUUUGCCUUGUGAAAGCACUUAAACGGGAGAUAAAAAAAAGAAAGAAUGGAGUUUGUGAGCCAGACCUUGUUUAGUCUUGUACUACUGUGUUUGAGCACUACAGUGUACACAUAUGGAACUGGAGCCCCUGUUACUGCGUGCAGUUCAAUGAAACCUGGCCAUGGUGUGGAAGCCUCAACCACCGCUGCUCCGUACAAUUUACAAGUCUCUGGAAGCACCUAUAACCCAGGACAAAAUAUUACAGUGACAAUAAAUGGAACAUCUGAGUACAAAGGAUUUUUACUGCAAGCCAGUGAGCCGAGUACUUCUAAAAUCGUUGGCACUUGGCUGAGCCCUCCAAAUAACACCAAACUUUUAGAAUGUACCGGAUCCAAUGCAGUUACUCAUGCCAAUAACCAACUAAAGACUGGGUUGGUUUAUACUUGGAUGGCACCAAAAUCCGAUGCUCCUAAAAAAGUUGUAUUUCAGGCUACAGUGGUCAAGAUUAAAACCGAUUUCUGGAUGAACAUUCGUUCUUCUGAAUUUCAAUUAAAUGGGGCCACAUCUGGACUGAAAUACAGUGCUUGUGUUCUAUUCUCUCUGUUGACUGUGUCACUAAUCUGUUCCAUUUGAUGCUCCCCAUCCGCCAACACAUGAUAUUUAUACAGUCUGUGCAUGUGUAGAAAAACUGAUAGACACAUUCCAAACAUUUAAUUUACUUGUCUUUUUUGUAUUUAUAGACACAUUGAAUUCUUUCUCUCUCUCUCUCUCUCUCUCUCUCUCUCUCUCUCUCUCGCCAGUUGAAAAUCAAUAUUUCUCAGGAAUUUGUACACAUUUCCUUUGCACUACACUCAUUUUUGUUACUUUUUACUAAAUUCUAUUUAUUGAGGGGGAAAAAAAUGAUAAAUGUCAUCUGUAUUUGAAGAAUGUCAUGCUGUUAACACUGAUUAUGUUUGCAACCUGUAACUACUGGUAAUGUAGUCUGCUUAUUAAAUUUGUAAAAUAGA